CGGUGCCGACAGUGCCGCCACAGCUCUCGUAAGAGACGCCCGUGAUUUUGCACCCCCGCUCGAACAGAAUUUACCGAACUAUACGACGAGGGUGCACCACGGUUCUCUCUCUCUCUCUCUUUCUUUCUCUCUUUCUCUUUCCUCCUGUCUCUCUCUUUUUCUCUCUCUCUGUCUAUCCCUCUGUCUCUCUCUCUCUCUCUCUUUCUCUACAUCUCGCAUCAUCCUCGCCUCUUCUGUUUCUCGCGCUCCCGUUUCAACGUCUUCUCUCCUUCUCGCUUUCGACUUUUCUCUCCUCCGCUCGGCCGUGCCAUUCGCCUCGCAACGACCGCUGUACCUCGCCGGAUGAUACGGUGAUAAAUGACGAGUGAGUGCUGACCGGGGAUACGAGUCUCGGUCGUCUCGAUACCUCGUGGUGAUGUGGGUGCUAGUGAUGAUGAUAGUGGCGCGUUGAUACGAGGCGACCACGCUGUUCGCGAUUGUGUACAGGCGGACGCGCCUUUCCCGCCGGUGUGUAUUUCGACAAAUAACGCGGCUAAUCGGCGUCCCGGCCGUAUCAUUUGUCUCCAGGAUCUUCUACAUGUCAUUCACGUGAUUUCCGGAGCGGAGCGCGAGCUAUAAACGCUGAGAGGGUCAGGGUGAUCGACCGGGAAACGGCGACGCUUCGUGACACCGUCGUUGCAUUUCCGAGACGUGUAUUUAUCCAUAAAAAGUUUAUCCUCGCGAAACAACAAAGGCUCGGCGAAGGAAAAACAGACGUACCUUUUUUCCGCGUUUGAAAUUAUUGAUCGAGUCAUCGAUCGAGUAUCCACCGCGAGUCUCCCUCGGGGGAUUUGCAUUAGCUUUCAAACGCGUCAUCAGCGAUUCACACCGUCGUUUCACGCGUCUCAGGGACGCAGUUGAUGAUCGAUGACGGCGAGUCCCGAGGAAUCACGUGGUCGAUUUUCAAUCGCGGUGUCGUACCCGGGUAUUUAUCAUGAAAUUCAUCCCGUGGAUCGUCGUCGGCAAAACGAGUCGGGAUUUCGGGGCUAUUAACGCGAUCGGUCGAUGCUUAUAGCAGGCAGUACUCUGACACUCGGUUGCUCGUUGACAUUCAGAAUGAGCUAUAUGCAGCGCACAGCCACGAACUCCUUGACCUCUUAAAGUCACGACACGACACGAAGAGUAUACUUCGCGAGUAUGUGUAAACCUCUUUCGACAAUACGGUGAAUCUAAGCUCGAGCGAGGACGGCGAUAUAAGUCGAGGAGGUUUGCGAUCGAAGGCUUUUCGAGAUUUCAAGAGGCCCGUCCGAGACACGGGGAAAACACGUCCUGGCCUUUAUCACGGCUCGCUCUGUUUCGUGAAUCCGCAAUACGGCGUAACCACCGUCGUAAUUCGUCAUACGCAACAAUUCCCGACAAGUGAAAUCGGCGCGAACUUUGCAAGCGCGAAAACGGAUUGCGAAAAGUUUCUGUCAUCAUCCAUCACGCGACCGCUUAUCAACAUUCUUCUGCUAUUGAGAUCGUCGAUAGCAAAAUUUAUCGGAUAUUAUCUGCUUGUCUGCAAUCAACUUCCAGUAAGUCACUUGAAAAUAUCACGGUAUAAUUUUGCAGCAUAGUGUAUCAACAUUGUUAACCGCGUCUACGAGACAUUCUUUUUUGUACUGUAAACUUUUGAUCGCGAAAUUCGAAAUGUUUCAAAAACAAAGAGAUACGAUUUCUGUACUUAAAUAAAUUUUUUCAAAUGCAGAUCUCACGAGUGUUUUAAUUGACGAAAAUGUCAAAUGUGUGCGACGUAGAAUAAAAUUUAAAAUAUUGCGAUAGAAAUUGAGCCUGACGUUUCAAAAUAUAUUCGAUGCAAUCGUAAUGAUUGUACCUUUGAAAUCGAUAAAUCGAGACGAGAGAAAUCGAGAAGAGAGAAAUCACGACAAGUCAAGAGAAACUGCUCGAUCUCGCAUCGUAAUUCCUUUACGUCUCAAAAUCCUGCUGACUAAUUGAUCGAUUAGCGGAGAAUCAGGACAGUUUAGCGAUAGCAUGAGGUCGACGAAAGUUGUACAGGAUCGAAAGGGAUGAUCGAGCAUAGGUCCCAAUGACAUCUCGGCGGGGCGGGAGCGAGGGGUAUAAAAGUCCUCCCAGCCCUCCGAGCAGCGGUUCGGAGGACAAUGGUUUCACGAACCGACCCCGAGUCGCCGGGCUCUACGUAAAAAAUCUCAGCAGAGAAGAAUUGGAUGAAUUGGCGAAGGAGGGUAUCUACGGGCCAACGGGAAAUCCGAACGAUCGACCUAGAGACAGCGGUAGUCAGAGAAGUCUUAAUCUCCCAGGCAGCAGCAGGGACUUUGACGGUCAAGAUUAUCUCAGAGGAGGAAUCUCCAGGACACCUCAGCCAUUCAGGAGAUCUGGCGUUGGAGUCAGAUAUCGGGAAUUCAGUGAGAACUUAGUACGAAGAGAUCAUCAUGGUUCGCUUCCGGUGGAAAGAAGUUGGCCGAGGCGACUGGAAGAUCGUCCGGGGCAGGCCUCGCCAUCCGCUCGAGGAUCCUCCGAGUUUCCUAUCGGUUGGCGAGAGCCAUUCGUACGGCCCGGCGUAUCACCCAGAGGAAGUUCCAUUGACGUGCAAAUCACUGACGAGAAGUCCAAGUCACUUCGUCGUUUCGGAGAAGGCUCGAGGUACUCCGAAGGACCCUCGCCCCGUGUUCUCUCCUCGAGGGAAGCCGGCAGAGACCAACGGUCGUCGAGAUCGGUCGAGCGAUUGCCACCAUCGUACGCGGGUCUAAGUCCAUCUGAAUAUACGGAAUACCAGGAAUCGCCAGUGGCCAAGAUUCGCCCUAAGACUACGACGAGGGCCUAUCGACACAGCGACAAGGAGGAAGAUGAGCCGUACAAGCAUCCAAGUUCACAAUUGGUGGAAGAGAACCAGGGGAACGUCGUUAUUUUCAAGACGAUGAAUAUCGGCAAGGGAGCGGCAAAGGAGGAGGAAAUUCCGAGUCCAUCGCGAACAUCUCCGGUGACGGAAAAGCCGAUUUCUCCAGAGUCGAAAACAAGCGAGUCCCCGCCAAUUAAGAGAGUCGGCUCUAGAGUGCAAGACAGCACGAGGCUGCGACCGCCGUUGGCCGGAACUGCCGGGACCUCCGCCGAUUCCGGCACCGGAGAUUCCGGAAGCGCGGAGAUACAGGCGGAUGUCGUGACUCCUCAAGCUACAUCGGGCGAUGUUCUCGAUCCUAGCGUGUCUAAGAUCGAAGAUAAAUCGCCUGGCGCGAGGACACCCGGCACUAAAGGCGGCAAGCAAACAGUAAAGCCAUUCACGAAGGAGAGCCUCGACAGAUUGGAAAACAAGACUGUGCAAUUAGUGCGCGAAUAUGGCUUUCAACCCAAGAGAAAAAUGUCAGUGGAGGAUGGUGCCGUGCUGCCAAAUAAAUUUGAACCAUUUCCGAGCGAGCUCUACGGCAGGCCAUUGGAAGAAAUUGACAAUUUCAUCUACGACGAGACAUUUUGCGUGGUGUCCAAGAGGUUUCGCAAGAACUAUAUCCAUAGGUUUACAGCGACCAAUAGUUGGUUCAUCUUCUCUCCGUGGAAUUGUGUGCGAAAGUUCUGUAUCUUCCUAAGUACGAAUCAGUACUUUGAUUACGUGGUCAUGACUACUAUACUUCUUAACUGCGUCUUCCUGGCCAUGACCGAAACUAUCGAGGAAGCAGAAUAUAUCUUCCUAGCCAUAUACACGGUGGAAAUGGUGGUAAAAUCAAUAGCGAAGGGAUUUAUACUGAACAAGUACACUUAUCUGCGGAAUCCAUGGAAUUGGUUGGACUUCGUGGUGAUUACCAGCGGAUACGCGACUAUUGGGAUGGAAGUCGGGAAUCUGGCCGGUCUCAGGACGUUCAGGGUGUUGAGAGCACUUAAGACUGUAUCCAUUAUGCCAGGUCUAAAGACUAUCAUCAACGCACUGUUACACAGUUUUAAACAACUUGCCGAAGUAAUGACACUGACGAUUUUCUGCCUGAUGGUUUUUGCACUCUUCGCCUUGCAGGUUUAUAUGGGGGAACUUAGAAAUAAAUGCGUGAGGCAGCAAGAACCAAACACCACGCAAAUCGAUUGGGUUGAGUGGACUUGGAACUCAUCCAAUUGGGCGUUCAAUGAGGACGAGGAGCCAAUCAUCUGUGGCAAUGUAACUGGCGCCAGGCACUGUAACGAAAGCUACACUUGUCUCUGCGUUGGCCCUAAUCCAAAUCACGGUUACACCAACUUCGAUAAUUUCCUCUGGUCAAUGCUCACCACCUUCCAACUGAUUACUUUGGAUUACUGGGAGGAUGUCUACAACAAGGUGUUGUCGGCGUGCGGACCUAUUAGCGUCUCGUUCUUCACGGUGGUUGUAUUCUUUGGAUCAUUUUAUCUGCUAAACUUAAUGCUGGCCGUCGUGGCGUUGAGUUAUGAAGAGGAAGCCGAGAUUACAAACGAGGAACGAAGGAAAGACUUGACGGAUCAUCGUGAGGAUUCAACAUUUAGUUUCGACCCGUCAAAGAUCAACAUUAAGACCUUAACGAAAGAUAAACAGAAGAGGAUAGACGCCCGUAAAGGCGUAUUGCUCAGCAGUUACACGAGAAAGAAGACGCGUAGAAGAAAACGUGGAAGGAGUAGCGCCGGUCAGGAGAAAAACGGUGGUGCUCGCAGCAGGUCUGUGACACCCAGCCCGAGUCCGAGUCCUAGGCACUCCAAUGUACGACCCUCCCACUUGCCGCUCCAGAAUGUCAGUCCUAGACCACCGGAGCUCAAUACGGUGCACCGGCUGGCGCCGAACCGGGGCAUGCUGCACUCCAGACAGGCCAGCAAUAAUAGUAACCAGCAAUCGUCGCUAGACGACUCGGGGGUGGUGGAUGACCACGAUGGCGACGAUGUCACAUCGGCCGAGGAGCAGCACGACAAACGUGAAUCGCGGGAGCAUCGCGCCGAGAGAUCGCAGGAGAAGUCUCCGAGGGAGCAUGGCAGGACUCAACAGGCCCAAUCUCAACCACAUCCGGAGUGCUCACCAGCGCCGGUCACCGUAUCGGUGAGGACUGGUAACCGGGAGAUUCGGGUGCUCAAAUGCAACGGAGUCAAAACCAAGAAACAUAUGUACGCGCUGCCGCCAGAGUACCUGUCGCACAUUGUAGUUUUAGAUGAUCUUCCAGAUAGAAAUUGCGAUAAAUGUAUUCAAUGCUGCGUAGAUUAUGAAGGAUGGCUACGAUUUCAAAACUGCCUAUAUAAGGUGGUGAGAGAUCCCUUGUUCGAGCUAAUGAUCACCCUCUGCAUCGUUUUAAACACUGGUUUCCUGGCAAUGGAGCAUCAUGGUAUGAGCGAGUCGAUACGGCAAGCGCUUAACAUCGGCAACAAAGUGUUCACCAGCAUUUUCACAUUCGAAUGCUUCUUGAAACUCUUGGCGCUAAGCAAGGACUUUUUCAACAACGGCUGGAAUAACUUCGAUUUGAUCAUCGUUUCCGCAUCGCUUAUCGAUUUAACAUUCGAGCUGGUAGACGGUUUAUCAGUGAUACGUGGUCUCAGGCUACUUCGCGUUCUGAAGCUUGCGCAGUCUUGGACGACUAUGAAGGUUCUCCUCAGUAUCAUUAUUUCAACAAUCGGCGCGCUCGGUAAUCUAACCUUCGUGCUGGUGAUUGUAAUUUACAUAUUUGCUGUGAUCGGCAUGCAGUUGUUUAGUAAGGAUUAUACACCAGACAAGUUCUACCCGGAUCCAGUGCCACGUUGGAACUUCAACGAUUUCUUCCAUUCGUUCAUGAUGAUAUUCCGUAUUCUAUGCGGCGAAUGGAUCGAGCCGCUAUGGGAUUGUAUGCGCGCAGAGAGAGAGGAAGGAGCAAGCACAUGCUUCGCCAUUUUUCUACCGGCUUUAGUGAUGGGCAAUUUCAUGGUCCUCAACCUCUUCUUGGCGUUGUUGCUCAACAGUUUUAAUUCCGAGGAGCUAAAGCAGAAAAAGGAGGAGGUCGGCGAAGAAUCGAAGCUCGCGCGAUCGUUUGAUCGUAUACGGUCAAUCGUACGCAAGCAGAAACAUCGCAAGGAGAAUUCCGAGAACGAAAAGAACAUUCGGCUGGAGCAGAUUGUCCGCGAAGUGAUGGACAAGUCGGAUAAGGAGAAAUACGCGAUCCAAGAGACCGUGCUGAGCCUUCCCAAAGACAAUAUUUACAAUAGGUCGUAUCAGGAGAGUCUUAAUCAACCGAUCUUCACGUACGAUCCGAUUUAUCGUCAGGCCACUCUCACUACCUACAGCCAGAGCAGCCAAGAGAUAGUUAAGGAGAAUAAGAAGUUGACCGAGAAGGGCAACAAUAACGAGACCAAUCCUGAGGAAAGUAUAGAGUUAGAAGUGCUCAAAGACACUAACAAGACAGAUGAAGAGGUGGCCAUGCUGCCAGAACAGAAACCUCCUGCGCGGAAAGAUGGCAUAGAGAAACGUCCAUGGCACGCUCUCGUAAGUUACGUAGACGAACUCACAGUCGGAGGUAGAAGAGACAGUAAAGGAAGAUACAUCGACGGGAUGGGCUCGUUUCCGGGAUUCGGCAGGAAUAGGGAACACAAGGAGCCGCUCGAUUGCUUUCCCCAGCACUUUUAUCAAAAGUGUAGCUGUAUUAAUCGUUGCCUCGCCACGGAUAUCGGCAAAAAGUGGAUAAGAGUUCGUACAGCCGUCCUGUCGGUGGUGGACACACCGUCGUUCGAAUGGAUGAUAUUAAUUCUAAUUUUCGCAUCUUCCAUAACGCUGUGCUUCGAGGAUAUCUACUUGGAUGACAAUCCUUCUUUAAAAUAUAUUCUCUACUGGACCAAUCUUGUCUUCUGCGUAAUUUUCAGCGUCGAGAUGCUCUUGAAAUGGCUAGCCCUAGGCUUCUGUAAAUACUUCACCAGUUUCUGGACAAUCUUGGAUUUUAUAAUUGUUUUCGUAUCCGUGUUUAGUCUUUUGAUAGAGGAAAAUGAGAAUCUCAAAGUAUUACGAUCUCUGAGAACACUACGCGCCCUGAGACCGCUGCGGGCGAUUUCGAGAUGGCAAGGCAUGAGGAUCGUAGUGAACGCGUUGAUGUAUGCAAUACCCAGUAUAUUCAACGUGCUCCUCGUCUGUCUCGUGUUCUGGCUUAUAUUCUCGAUAAUGGGCGUUCAAUUUUUUGGUGGCAAGUUUUUCAAAUGCGUCGAUGAGUAUGGGGAAAUGCUGAACAUCUCGAUAGUGAAUACCAAAGAGGAGUGUUUCAACAAAAACUAUUCUUGGGAAAACAGCAAGAUCACUUUCGAUCAUGUUGGCAUCGCUUACCUGGCUUUGUUUCAAGUAGCGACUUUCGAGGGAUGGAUGGAGGUGAUGGAGGAUGCCGUAGAUGCAAGAGGGGUGGAUUUGCAACCACAGCGAGAGGCGAAUCUAUACGCCUAUCUUUACUUCGUUAUAUUCAUCGUCUGCGGUUCAUUCUUCACGCUUAAUCUUUUUAUUGGAGUGAUCAUAGAUAAUUUUAAUAUGCUGAAGAAAAAGUAUGAAGGUGGGGUGUUAGAAAUGUUUUUGACCGAGAGUCAAAAACACUACUACACUGCCAUGAAAAAGCUCGGCCGUAAAAAGCCGCAAAAAGUUAUAAAACGUCCGAUGAACCAAUUCCUCGCAAUGUUCUACGACCUCUCUAAUUCUCGCAGAUUCGAAAUAGCUAUCUUCGUUUUGAUAUUUCUCAACAUGCUGACAAUGGGAAUCGAGCACUAUAAUCAACCGCAUCCCAUUUUCUUCGUCCUCGAAGUAUCGAAUGCGUUUUUUACGACCGUCUUCGGUCUGGAGGCGAUCGUCAAGAUAGUAGGUCUGCGUUACCAUUAUUUCACGGUACCGUGGAAUCUCUUCGACUUCUUACUGGUGUUGGCGUCUAUCCUGGGUAUACUGAUGGAGGACAUUAUGAUAGACUUCCCUGUGUCCCCGACGCUCUUGCGAGUCGUGAGGGUGUUCAGAAUCGGCAGAAUCUUGAGGCUCAUCAAGGCCGCGAAAGGUAUCCGCAAGCUGCUCUUCGCCCUUGUCGUCAGUCUUCCAGCGCUCUUCAACAUUGGGGCUCUGCUGGCCUUAAUCACGUUCAUCUACGCCAUCAUCGGCAUGUCUGUUUUCGGACAUGUUAGGAAACAGGGCGCAUUGGACGAUAUGGUGAACUUUGAAACCUUUGGUAGAAGUAUGCAGCUACUGUUCCGCUUGAUGACUUCGGCCGGGUGGAAUGACGUAUUAGAAUCGCUGAUGGUGCAACCACCCGAAUGCGAUCCCACCUCAAACAGUCGACAAAUGAACGGAGAUUGUGGAUACCCUUUGCUAGCGAUUACGUACUUCACAUCAUUUAUUAUCAUUAGCUAUAUGAUAGUCAUUAAUAUGUAUAUUGCCAUCAUCUUAGAGAAUUUCAAUCAAGCUCAUCAAGAGGAGGAGAUUGGUAUCGUUGAGGAUGACUUAGAGAUGUUUUAUAUCCGAUGGUCGAAGUACGAUCCACAUGCAACUCAAUUUAUCAGCUUCUCGCAAUUGAGUGAUUUUAUAGCAAGCCUAGACCCACCGCUGGGGAUAUCAAAGCCUAACGUCGUGGCGUUGGUCAGCUUUAAUCUUCCCAUCGCAAAAGGUCACAAGAUUCAUUGUCUGGACAUCCUGCACGCACUCGUCAAGCACGUUCUCGGGCACGUCGAGGAGUCGGAUGAUUUUAGAAAGCUACAAGAACAAAUGGAUGUUAAGUUCAAAAAGCAGUUUCCAACAAGGAAAGAAUUAGAGAUAGUGUCUUCCACGAGAAUCUGGAAGCGACAAGACAAAGCUGCCAGAUUGAUUCAACGUUGCAUAAGGGAGUACAUUGCACUGAAAAAGGAGCGCGAGAGGAUUGCCCAAGAGGUAGAUUCGCAGACGCAAACGUCAAGCCCAGGUGGAACGGAUGGUGGUAGGGGCGGAAGUGGAUGGAGCGGCAAGCUGUCAGCUCUGCUGCACGUGCACCGGGGUAGCCGGGCUAGUAGUCGCAAGUCCUCCAGGGCCAGCGACGCCAGCGAUCUCAGCGAACUUGGCUCCGCUUCGGCGUGGCUGUUCCCUAAUCUUCCUCUGCUGUUGCUCUCCGGCGCCACCGGAACCCACGAGGACCUGCAACCUCCGGCACUAACCGUGUCCCGUCCCUCACCGACCACUGAGCAACCUUCCGCCGCUUCCAGUUCCGGCUCGGACUCUCACGUCACUGUCAGAUCGUUGGGUCCCACGCUGGGCCGACAGGAUGCAGUGGAGAAAUAUCCGGAGGAGGAUGUAACUAGCCCGCCGAUCUCGAAGCGCGGUUCAACCCUGAGGCCUAGCGGCACCGCUCUCUCGCUCAACGCGCUGCAGCGAGAUAUCAAAGAAGCAUUUAAUCGACGUUGCGGCAGUCUGAGACGACGGGCGCCACAGCCAGAGCCAGUACGGCUGCCGAUCGAGGGUAGCGAUAGAGUAAGUAUCCUAGUGACAGAACCGAGUCCGGAAAAUACGGCGCCUCCUACGAGACCACCGCUGCUGCGACAACAAUCAGAGGCGACGGUGGUACAUGUGCUGGUGCACAGGGAGAGCGAGGAGUAUCAGGAUACACCGGACGACAGCUGAUCCUAGUCGACAGUAAGCGAUCACGACGGAUAGCGACGAACAGCAGCGAUGCGAUACAGUGAUAAUAUAUACGUAGACGUAUAUGUAUAUACAUAUGUAAACUUUUCACACACAGCGCGCAGUUCUAACUAGGUAGGGCGAUGAUUCGCGUGGCUUUCUUUGGGAGGUAAAUCCUCUCGAGAUGAAGUUGCGUAUAUCAUGUAUGCAUGUGUUAUGUAUGCGUGUGUCGUCGAAUGAGACUGUAGUAGCGAUGGUUCUCGGCCGAAGAAACUAAUGGCGAUAGUAAUACUUCUUUUUUGAAUUGUAUAAAUUGUAUAAAAAUUUUUUCGAAUAUCCAUUCUUACAAAAGCACAUUUUCUAUCGAAUCUGUGAUGUCUUCAACUUUAGAAAUAUUAUUAAAAUUGACCGAUUGCGCUUGUAUUACUAUAAAAAUGCUUCCUAAUACGACGGUCGUUAUAAAUCAAUAUGAUUAUUAGAAUUGUAGUAAACGACAAGGAGUGCUAAUCUUGUAAUGAUCUAGCGCAAUCUUGUUAUAUCUAACACUUAUAAUGAGCUGGCAUGACAUUUUAUUUUUAAUCAAGGUAAAUUUUUUGAUUUACGAUGCUUUUAUUAGCUCAAGAAUUAUGCCUUGUAAAGUAGUAUAACUACAAGAAAAUUUAGUGCACAAUUUUUCAAACAUCUGCCUAAUCAAGAAAUUUAAUUCUUUCGAGAUAAUAAACAUUUGCUCCAUUAUAAAGAAAGAUAGGUUGAGAGCCAUUGCACCAGAAGACGAAGAAAGGGACAAGGAUGAAAUUGAAGAGAAAUUUUCGACAAUUUUUCCAUUAAAAUCACAAGUGGAAUGCGUCAUUCGGGGAACUUGGAUAUCAUUACUGUUGACGUCAAUUUUAUUUUUUGACGAAACUACGUACAAUAUACUGGGUUCCCCAUAAUGACGAACGCGAAUUAAUUAAAGAAUUGCCAGCGUAGCGGAAAUACCAGAUGUAGCCGUUUUCGAAAAACGAGAGUACAGUUUGUUACAAGAAUGCAUCAGUUCUGGAAGUGGAUCAAAAUUUGAUAAGAUUCAAACUUGAAAAUUAAAAAAUAAAAUAAAUGCGAGUUUAGAUAGAAUUUGCAAUGAUUUCGAUGAUUGCUUCGAUCAAUGAGAAUUAUUAUUAUGAAAAUAUUAUUAUAUCAACAGAAAAUUAAUCCGCAGUAGUAGAUAUCAGUGUACAUAGUAUAAAUAACGAAUACUUUAUUAAUUUUUGCUACGUAAAAAGAUCCACAUGAUGCGAUUGACGAAUCAUUACUAAUACUAAUAUUAUCGUAAAUUCUAAGAGCAAUUCUAACGCUUUCCAAGAACGUUUUGAAGUAUAAAUGUUCAUAAAUUUUAAUCGCGCACACUUUGUGUGUGUGUGUGUGUGUGUGUGUGUG